AUGGCUCCCACAGAAAUACGAGUCUUCGCAAUGUUUCCUUGCACAGUGGGCCUUGGGCCCGAUCUCAGUCUCGACACUUCCAACUGGCGCUGGUUGCACUGGCUCACCUUCCCAUCGAAAACCCUCUCAUCGCUCCAGCUCGCACAUAGACCCUACAAAUGGAUCCGCUACGCCAUCGGUGUCGUUAUGGGAGCGGAGGGCCACCUUUCUCUCAGCCCCUCCACGCCCAAUAUUACCAUUGACUACAAUGCCCUCCUCCUCCCCUCCGAGUCCACCGACCUUUACUAUCAUAGAGACAACGAGGAGAAAAAAAGAUUCUCUCCGCUCGAACCUAGAUUCCGGGGAACGAGGAUCACCUCCAGCGCUGCUACCCCUUGGAGAUCUGCCUUUCGUGAAGAUGUUGCAAGGCGAGAUGGUGGGACGUGCGUGUUGUCAACGGACCAUCCUGACGAAGUGUGCGAUGCGGUGCAUCUUGUGGCCCAUAGCAAAGGCGAUACCUACAUUGCAAUGUAUACUCAACACCGCAAUCGAGACCCCACUGGAGGCGAUAUCGUAGAGGAGAUCGACAGUGUCCGGAACGGUCUCUUUCUCAACAAAUUCACACACGCCGUUCUGGGUACUCAUAUUGCGUUCUUGCCGACUCCCAACUUCGCCAUGACCACUGAGGACAUCGAUCCCACUGCGUCACCAACAGAGAAAAGGUGCACGGUACAUGCUUUCCAGCUUGGCGCUCCGGGCGCUUGGUUUGGCCACGAUAACACCAUCUCUUCGGGCUCCGCACUACGGAUUUCCGAUAUUGAUUGGCCGCCAGCCAUUCUCUUCGACAUCGUAUAUGCUGACGCCGUACUUGAGAGUUUCGGUACCGCGGAACUGAAACAGGAAAUGACUUCGGCGGCUUGGAGCAACAUUUUCUACCCAGAUGGAAUCACGACCACAGUAAGCCGAGAUUACAAGGUGAUGACAGAGGAAAGGGCUGCUACCAAGAUAAGAGAGCAGAACCAAGCAAUGGAACGUGGAACACGGCACAGAGCUCGCGGAGGUCCAGACAGAUUGGAGAUCAUGGCUGUGCCAUUUAUCCUGGUGCCGCCGGACCAGCUGCGGGCAGUAUUUAGAGAGGCAAACGAGAGAGCUGAAGCGGCGGAGCAGAAGCGUGUACGGGAGAAAGUCGGUAACUGGAUGAAGAAGAUUACUACAUAG